UUGCCACCAUUGAUGUUCUUUUUGAGCCCCAUGGAAUUAGUCUUGAUGAUUAUGCGGUAUUACCGUGGUUUAUUAUUUUUAUUACCGUGGUGACAGUCGUGCCAACUGUCAACUGUCAAAUAAGAACAACAAUAAAUCACGAAAUAUUAAGAGAUUCUUUGCACCACAUUGUUAAACCUAGUCAAUUAAAUUGUUGCCUUCCCGAUUUUAAUAGAAUACAUCAUUUAUACUUCUAUAAAAUAAUCAAAACUGUGACAGUGUAGAUAUGGUACGCUUUAAAAAUAGGUAUAUAACUGUCGAGGUAGUUUCACCAACAGUGCCAGAGCAUAAACCUCUGAGUUUGAAAUCGAAAUUAUUAAAUGAUUCAAUCUUUGAAAAAAUCCAACAGCUACAUGGCGAUUUUGGUAUAGCUGCAGUUAAAUAUGGAUUCCUAACAAAAUAUUGUAACGAAAAUACUAGGAUAGCAAUUAUCAGAUCAAGACAUGGCCCACAUAGAUUUGUCACCAGUAGUUUACCUUUUAUUACUAGAAUAGGUAAAUUAGAAGUUUCUUUGAAAACUCUACAUGUGGGUGCCACCUUAAAACACAGUUUUAAAUUUAUACAAAAGCAUCAACGGACAUAUUUAGAAUCUAUGUGGUCUAAACUAAGAAGCGAUGAGGAAAGAAAUGCCUUUGAAGUUGCUUUAAAGGACUUUACAAAAACUGAUGUCUCAUUAAAUAUUGAAAGAAUUGCUUAAUUUAUUUUAUUAUUUUAAAAUACACAAAACAAUUACAAAAAUAUACUAAAAAUAUAAUUAUUCUAAAUUUUGCAUUUACAUAUCA